CCGACAGUCCGUGUGUGUAUCUCACUUGUGCUGUAGAUGCCAUAGUUCUGGCCAUUGGCUUUACCUCUGUGUUUAUCCUUAUUACAACUCUCAACUCGGCCGGAUACAACAGUCUCUGUAGUCAUGAAUGAAUUCCGGGUUUCAGAAAAACAAUUUAACGAUGCUAAAGAGGCGUUUAAGCUUUUCGACAAAAAGGGAGAAGGACGUGUGCCGAUGAAAGAGUUGUACAACGUUUUCAAAAGUUUAGCGUUACAAGUUGAAAAUGACAAAUUGAAAAACUGGGCAGAUGAACAGGAUGAAGACGGUACGGGAUUCAUUGACUGGGACCGGUUUAAGCUGUUGUUUGAGAGGAAACUGAGAGAAGACGAAGAUGAGCGUGAACUGAAAGAUGCUUUUAGGGUGUUGGACAAAAAUAACCGAGGUGUGAUAGACGUGGCUGACCUGCGAUGGAUUCUGAAGAGCCUGGGUGACGACCUGACGGACGAUGAGAUCGAGGAUAUGAUUGAGGAGACCGACACAGAUCGCAGCGGUACCGUCGAUUACGAAGAGUUCAAAAGUCUGAUGAGUUCGGAAUGAUGCUGGCCUGGAGAUUUAUUCCACACGCCACUAAUCUAAUGAAUGGAUUUCACCCCAUGUAGGAGUAACAACUAAGCUCUCACCAAAACGAGGCCACCGUCAUGUCCUUACCUCCCACCCACCAUUCGUCAACCAAUCGUCUUGUCAUACAUCUGCAGUAUCUCUUUUGACCAGCCCACAACUGUGCUUUAUUAGGCUGUUAUCUAUUACUAACCUCUCCUCUAACUGCUUGAUUUCGGCAUGAACUGCGCAUGUCUUUAACACAGAGCUUUUCCCUGAGAAAUAAAGCUUAAAACCUUUCUCUUUUGUUGGCAGAGUUCAGACAUUUGAUGAUGGCCUGAAGACGUGUCGCGCAGGCGCAUAUAAGCGCUGGGCGUUGCAGAGGUAUAAAUGCGCUGAGACUUGGGCGGAAUAACUCCGCGGGAUUACGUUGUUCAAAUGCAUGACCUUUGUUUAUCUAGCUAUAUCACGUUUUUCACUGCAAAUGUUUAUGUGAGUAUUUUCAUUUACUCGAAGAGCACAAUCUGUGAAUGUUGGUAUCAUUUGAUCAGGCGUUUUAAAAACAAGUUGACUGACUUAGAUGCUUUGCUAAAACUUGAGUUGGGGAUGCAUAUAUAUAUAUCUGAAUGAGAUCGAAGACAUGCACCAAGAGUUGUAUAUUAGUAAUGCACGUUGCAAUUGCAUCUCAACUUAUGCGGCAAAUCGAAGUAUAACUAAAGAAUGCUUGCUCUGCUAGGUCCUGUGGUUGCGAUGUGAAGUGACAUAAAGCCUUGAGACAAAGAAUACGAAGAAAUUCCAAUUAAUCAAUGGGACAAUGUCAUAGCGCAUGGUGUGAAGAGUCUAUGAUGUUUUGUCAUUCGGCACAAUACAGCUGACUCUGAACAAGUAUGCACUGAUAUUGUCAUUUUUUAUUCGAUCACAAUACAUGUAUAAAUAUGUAUGUGUGUGUGAUUGCGCUUGAGGAAACGCUCUGAUUAACUGAAGCAAAACAAAAAUUAAUCGAAAAGCAAUAUGUUGUUUUUGUGCAUUUUAUGUUUUAAGGUCGAACGAUCGAAAUUAUAGGGGGACUCCUUAUGCAAGGCUUUAUUGUCAGUUUAACAUGGCUAGAUUGCAAAAAGUUUUUUUCAGGAGCGCAUUUCUGCCAAUUGGAUGUAAUUGUACCAGCAAUUCUGGUGAAUGUUUGCCACCUGGGAACGGGCCAUUGACGUCACUUCCGGCAAUGCUUGCUGUGUCUCGCUAGUGUCGUCCGAUCAGCAGGACUGAUAGCGUACGGACGACCAUUGCGUUCAGUCGUUCAGUAUUUUGUUCCGUAACACAAAUUGAGCACUGUUGAGCAUAUGAUUGAACUCAUUUUGUUUUCCAACUUUUAACAUUUAUUGAAUAUCUAAUAUAACGUACUAUUUUCUACACGCUAUAACCAUACUCACAAGCUCUAACCUUCCCCGACGUCUCGAGGACAGCGAACCUACAUCAUAAUUCAUCGAGAUUCCACUGGGCUGAACAAAUCUCAAGACUUUUGUGUAAUCCUUUUUGGGCAUUUGUAUUUGUCAGUUCGAUGCCGGAAGAAGGAGACCUUUAUUAUAAUUUAUGUGUAAAAUUAUUGUACAGUAAAUGGACACUGGGGAGGUGUCAGAUGAG